AUGCUCUUCCCUCGAGCCGACGAUGGAGUCCCACCCAUUACCGCACAAUGGCCCGUUAAAGACAUCGUCUACGUCGCAAUUGUGGGCACGGUCAUGCUAGCGGCCCUCCUCGAAUGGAUCCUCUGGCUUCUCGCCUUCCUCUACUGCCUCGUCAAGGUUUUUCAGAAAGCCACGGAUGAAAGCAGGUGGAGCAUACGAAUUCUCUGCAUUCUGAACAGCAUCUUCUUCAUUGGGAUGCGCUGCGUGUUCCUGCCGAUUAUGGUGGUGACUCUGCCGUUGCCGGCGCAGGUCGUGCAGUAUUUUCCGGAGGAGAUGGUGGAGGUGUUGCAGUGGUUCGCUUUUUACUCGUUCGCCGGGCUGCUUACCAUACCUUGGCUGUUUUGUGUGUAUCAGCUGGUGACACACAAUGUUGGACGGCAGAGGAAGAUCAAAACUGUGUUGGACGAGUUCUCGGCACCGAAGGUGGUCAUCAUCAUGCCUUGUUACAAUGAGGAGCCGGACAUUCUGUUGAGGACAGUCGACUCGAUGGUGGAAUGCGACUACCCGGCCUCUUGUCUACAUAUCUUCCUCUCUUUCGAUGGCGACCAGGAGAAUGAGUUGUACCUCAACACCAUCGAGAAGCUCGGAAUACCUUUGACCCUCGACACAUAUCCGAAGAGCAUCGACGUCAACUAUCACGGCUGUCGGAUCACAGUGUCGAGGUUUCCACACGGUGGCAAGCGAAGCUGUCAGAAGAAGACUUUCCGCCUCAUCGACAAGGUCUACGCCGAGUAUCUCCGCCGCAACGACAAUCUCUUCCUGCUCUUCAUCGACUCCGAUUGCAUACUCGAUAAAGUCUGCAUUCAGAACUUCGUGUACGAGAUGGAGCUCAAGCCAGGAAGUAAGCACAAUAUGCUUGCAAUGACUGGAGUCAUCACGUCUACGACCGAGAAGAAUACCCUCAUCACAGUCCUCCAAGAUAUGGAGUACAUUCACGGCCAGCUGUUCGAACGCUCUGUCGAGUCUGGAUGCGGAGCUGUUACCUGCCUUCCUGGUGCUCUGACCAUUCUCCGCUUCUCAGCGUUUCGCAAGAUGGCCAAGUACUAUUUCGCAGACAAGACAGAGCAGUGCGACGACCUGUUCGACUAUGGCAAGUGCCACCUAGGCGAGGACCGAUGGCUCACUCAUCUCUUCAUGAUCGGCGCGCAGGAGCGGUAUCAGAUCCAGAUGAAUACAGGAGCCUUCUGCAAGACAGAGGCAGUACAGACCUUCAGGAGCCUGUUGAAGCAGCGGCGACGUUGGUUUCUGGGCUUCAUCACCAACGAAGUCUGCAUGUUGACAGACAUCCGCCUGUGGACGCGGUACCCAAUUCUUCUCCUAAUUCGACUUGCUCAGAACACUAUUCGGACGACUGCACUGCUGUUCUUCAUCAUGGUCAUCUCGAUCUUGACCACAUCACAGAAAGUCGCGAACCUUCCGGUUGGCUUCAUUGCGGUCUCCCUGGGCUUGAACUGGGCGUUGAUGCUCUACUUCGGUGCGAAACUGGGCAGAUACAAGAUCAUGCUGUAUCCACUGAUGUUCGUCCUGAAUCCCUUUUUCAACUGGCUGUACAUGGUCUACGGCAUCUUUACCGCGGGAAGUCGCACUUGGGGUGGUCCUCGAGCAGAUGCUGGGAAAGCAGAUGAGACAAAGACACCUGAGCAAGCUGUUGCAGAAGCACAGGCGAUGGGGGAUGAACUCAAUGUCGUGCCGGAGACGUUCAGACCCGCGGUCGAAAUCGCUCGACAGAAGUCGCUCCGUACUCCUUUGAUGCCCUCGAGUCGGCUCGAGGGUCGCUUCGCCCCAGCCGAAGCACUGCCAGGUGGAUGGUAUCAGCAGGUCAACGACUCCGGCCAACUUCGCCCCGAUAUGGCACCUCGUGGAGAUGAGGAGAUGGUGAUAUACCACAAGGGACCGAGAAGAGACAGCACCGAUUCUUUCCUGAGCUCCCAGCACACGAUCCACACGCCUCGAAGAGUCGAGAGCAUCUUUGGCUUUGAGAAUGCUAGGGAUUACCAUGGGCAGCAGCACGAGCAGCUCCGAGCAGCUUUGGAGUCUGCGAUAAGACCUCAGCGUGCCGUGCCUGCCUUCAGCAAUGGUCCACUUUUACCAGCGUCACGGACGAGAGACUCGAGUGUAUCAUCGUUGCGGUCGGCAGAGUCUGACUCUUCGGUUGAUAUGCACUUUGGUGUACCCAGCUGUGCCCCAGUCACCGUGGCGGGUCCCUCCCAACCAUCCCCAUCAGCACCUCAGAGCCGACCAGCCGUUCGUGCACCGACAAGACACACCGAGCCACGAGAGCGACCAAGCACCCUCUCAGCACCAGAAGCCGCCUACCGCCCAACAGGCCGCUUCUCCAACGGCGACCAAAGCAGCGCCCUUCGCACAGCGCGAAGUCCCUUAGCCCGCAAGAGCUAUACCCGCCUCGCAACAGACGACGCCCCAUCAACAGCAGGUACGAGCACCGAAGUCGAAGUCAGAGUCCCCACUCGCACAUCUGAGACGGACGACGAGCAGCCGCGAGGACGACGGAGGAGAACAUCGACGUCUGUCGGACCAGAUGGGAGACGGAGACUGAGCAAGCAGCCGCGUGGGAAGGGCAGUCGAUCGUCGAGUCGGGCUUGCAUGUGA